AUGCACCCCAACCACCUCACCGAGCAGGUCGACCACGACCUCCAAUGGCUGGCGCGCGAAGCGCCCCAGUUCCACACCGGUGCCGACGCGCCCCCUUAUCCAUUCUCCGGUACCCGCAACGGCGACGACGGGUCGGACGCGAGCGACAAUGAAUCCGCCGGCUCGGAAUCAAACGACGACGACCCCUACCACCCGUACAACACCGUAGACCCCAACCAGAAGUGGGUGCGCAACGGAGACUACGUCUAUGCCGCAGACCCCAACCUGCAGAGCAGCUAUCUCGCCCCGAGCACUCACGUCGAGGACAGACCGUACGUUCCUCCGACCGGUGAGCAGUCGAAGGACAAAGGCCUUGGGCUGUUCCUCUCCCCCGACGACCUCGCACCAUCGUCCUCCUACGACCCCUACGUCUACCGCGAUCUCGCGCCGCCACAGCAGCCACAGACGCUCUCCCCUCACGAACUCACCACAUCGCUGCCCCUGAACUCCUCCCCCGAGCCCUCACAUUCUGGCUAUGAAACCUCACGCGCGCGCCGCGCUCGAGCGCACAACACACAGCGUGCUACCGCUCGCGCGGCCCAAGACCUCUCGCACGUAUACUCCGUUGACACCGACGGCGAGGCCGACGCUUCUAGCGGCGACGACGCGUCGGAAGACGAGUACGUGCCCUCCCCGCGCAUCCGCCCUCGCAAGCUCUCUUCCUCCAACCGCUUCCAACCGCACCAGCCGCAGGGUCGCAUCAGGCCCCGUGCCGCGCCCCGCGUCUCCGCCUCCCCGUAUCCCUCUUCCUCCGCAUCGGCGACGUCCGCGUCCGUGUCCGCCACAGAGUCCAGCUCCGCGGCAGGAAGCUCGCGCCGAGCGGGGUCGCGCAACCUCCAAAUCAUCGACCAGGUCGCGCCGCCGCGCGGGAGCUGGGACAAGACGGGGCCGUUCGCGUACAAGUGCCCGUGGUGCAACCAUGUGCAGAGGAACAAGCGGUCCCCCGACAUGGAGCGCCACAUCCGCUCGCACUUCCGGCGCGACUCAGACUCGCUGUGGAUUUGCUGCGGGCUCCCGCCGGACGAGGCGGCGGAGCAUGGCGUUGGGCCGAAGGAUAACGGGUGGGUGUUCAACGGGAGGUACAUGGUCGGCGGCUGCCACGAGGACUUCAGCCGGAUGGACGCGCUGAAGCGGCACUGGCGGAACAACAACAACCCCUGCAUUGGCUCCAUCCAGUACGCGCGGAUGGACAAAACCAACCCGUGA